UUAGGGUGAGCGCAAGGCGGCUCGUGGCAUCCGCAAUUUCUACGCUGCGCUUUUCAUCUCUGAAGCCAUGCGCAGCAGCGUGCAGUCGUCAUGUUCAGAAAAGCAGUGCAAAGGUACCCGAAUAAGCUGUACAACAUUGCUGCAAGGUGCCUUGGUAAACCAGUACCCAGCCCUGAGGAACAGAUUGGACUCUGGCUAUAUGCAAAAGGCGUGAGCGCCAUCAUGGUUCUACCAUUUCUUGUCAAUGAGCGAGGGGACGACAUGUUCACAAAAAUGACGCCAGGACAGGAGUUAGCCCACCCCACAUUGCUGUACACUGGCGACAACCGCAUCUCUUCCAAGGCCCUGUGUGUGAAGUGUGGAUAUGUAUGUGUAGAUGUAUUGGACUUCACUUCCGGUGUAACGGGGUUAUUUUUAUUUUCCAUGUACUGGGGCUUUCAACAUCGAAUACAUCAGCUCUGCGGACCAGACACUCUCAUUGCUGCAACACAUGAUUGAAACGAAAACGACAAAACUAGGCACCAAGUCCCAACAGCUUUAAUAGCACGGUUAACUGCUACAACUAACAAAAUCACAGCCAGUACUGAGCAGGCUGAGAAAUCUAAGCUGCUAAAGUCGUCUUGAAAUGCACCUUCCUGUAUGCACUUAGCCUUUUUUGUUUCUUUUUUUUAACGCUCAGGCUAUUUUGGUGUUCGUAGCCUUGGAUUAUGCAGCUGAGUAAUACUGCCAAUGGCUAGUCAAACCUCGAAAACGUUAUUGUGUUUAAAUGUUAUUCAUAGUUUUUGUAUUAUGGGACAUAAAGCACUCACCAAUAAUAUUUUUAAAAAUAGUGAAAUUACAAGAAAUUGUAUUUUGGAACCAGUAUGGGUCCUUUGUUCCCAAAUGACAGCAGAGGCAAUGGUUUGGUUCUGUACAGGUGAGAUGGCGGAGAGCGCAUGCAUAGAUGACAGGCAGAUUAUCGUGUGACCUUCCUAUCGCUUAGCACGUCAUCUGAAUAUGCAGUGAUUUUAGUAGUAAUUGCAUCGCUAAUAUUGCAGUGGCAAUUAUGGAUGCCUAGUGCUAGUGUAUAGAAGGCCCUGUUUUCUCUUGGUGUUCGGAUAAUGCGUCGGAAAUAAGGUUGCUUUUAAAGAGCUAGUGCUUAUCCUGCUUUGGGUGCUUCUUAACGUUGCCAGAUUGACAGUGAAUUACAUUUUUUGCAUGUGAAUAUGUACAUGGAGCCAAGUUCAAUCUUCCAAAGGGGUCGUUCAUGUACACCAGUUCAUCACAUAGCUUGCUGGAAGGGACAUGUGCCACCCAGCCAUUGCAGUCAUUCAACACUCUGGCAAAAGUCUCGCUCAUGCCACAUGCAUACAGGAUGGUAGCACGCUUGCUUUUCUUGCUUACCACUUAGCGGAUGGGCGCUGAGGCACGAUGUUCUUGCUCACUUGGCAGUUUUAGCGGCUGGCCAUUACAUUGCUUGUCAUUUAGCAUCAAGAUCAACUCUGCUUUUUGCGUUGUAUGACUUGAGCAAAGACCGAAAAGCGAGGUUACUAGUGAUGAGGCGGCCAACCUUUGUGGCCCUUGUGGUGUACAGAAAGAACAUCUAGGUAUUUUGACAUGUGUGGGUUUGCGAUGAACCCUCGUGGCAAGGCCAUUGGUGAUUCGUUCCUUGAGAACAUCAAUGGAUGCAGUGUACCUCUUCUCUCAGGCUCUUCGUGUGCUGUAAACUGAUGCUUUCCUUACAAAGUUAAGUGCUUUUUGUGAUUGCUAUAUGUACUCUCACUAAAGGUCACUGUGAUGUGCGCAUAUUUUAUUGAAUAAAAUUUGUAC